UGAAGCCGUCACUCGAGGAACACGCUUCGAGCAGACCCAAAACUGACCUGACAUACGACAACGACCACCCGGCACGGCCCAUUGCUAUUUCCCGGAACAAACAUAAGGCAGAUCAUGCAGUCGGUAGCGGUACGAUGGCUGCUCAUACUCCUGACCUGGAGCCAGUGCAGCGGCCGCUGGGUAGCCAAGCCAGGCGCCCUGGAGGCCGCCCUCCAUCGGCCCCGCUCCCACCGAGAAGCGGGCGCCGCGGACCCGCCGUGCCUCUCGGCCGUGUGCCGCUGGGAGGCAUUCCGCGCGGCCACACUGCCCGGUGAGACGCGCCGCUGGCCAGCCGGUGCCUCGCUGGCGCUGGCGCAGCUCCGUCUGACCGCCGGGCCGGACUCGCAGCGGCUGGCGCGCCACUGCCGGCGGCUCCAGCUCGGCUGCGUACACCCGCUGUGCCCGUGCGGCCCGCGCCGGACGGCAGCUCGCGGCGACACACCCAGUCAUGAUGACAUGUGUGAUAUGCUCUGCGGCAUCGGCGAGGGGGGUAGCGAGUGCGAGUGCAUGAGGCCGCCGGCGGCCGUCGGGCCGUUGCCGGCGCGCUGACGCGCCGCUCGGGUCUUUGUCCCGGAGGCAGACGGCCCCACCGGAUGGGUGAC